GCGCAAAUGGCGUGAAGUGAGAAGGAGCAGAGGGUCGUUUUUUCUGUUUUCCUAAGUGAACAUUAAUAUUUGAUACGAGGCAUUGCAGAUAGUUUUCUUAAUUACGUGAAGACAUUCGUGUUUUAGGUGAAUUUCAGGUAUUUUCCUCUUUGUUAAAUGCAACAGACUGUAAGUCACUACUUUGCACAAGGAUAUUCGGGAAGCUCGUGCAAGAUGCCGAAGAGAAAAGAUACGGAGAAGGAGAGUGCGCAAAAUGAUGAGGUGUCAAAUAAAGAGUUAAAGGAACUUUUCUCUAAUCUAAUACAGAAGUUGGAGAGUUCAAUGAACGAGAGGCUUACUGCGCUUGACAAAAAAGUAGAGGAAACGCUGAUCGUUAUUAAGGAGGAGAUAACUGAUAUGAAAACAGCGCUUCAAAACCAAGAUGACCGAUUAACUGAUUUAGAAAAGCUAAACACAGAGGUUAUACAACCCCAAAGUAAAAAGGGUUCCAAAAAACCCCAACAGCAGUUACAAACCUGAAGCACCAGAAGCAGUCAUUGUUAAAUUCGUUCUUAUGGAGGACCGUAAUAUGAUACUAAAUCAUGCCAGAAACACUACCCUACCGAAAGGCUAUGCAAUACGAACAGAUCUACCCGUGCAUUUGAAGAGAAAGAGGGCAGAGCUGGCUCAAAAGGCAUAUGAACUCAGGAAAUCAGGA